CGCGUCCGCCGCCGGUUGCGCCCCGCCCCCUUCGCCGCGGCCCGGCCCCGCCGGGCGCGAUGCCGCGGGUGUACAUCGGCCGCCUCAGCUACCAGGCGCGGGAGCGGGACGUGGAGCGCUUCUUUAAGGGCUACGGGAAGAUCUUGGAGGUGGAUCUCAAGAAUGGGUACGGCUUUGUUGAGUUUGAUGAUCUGAGAGAUGCAGAUGAUGCUGUUUAUGAGCUCAAUGGUAAAGAUCUUUGUGGGGAGAGAGUGAUCGUUGAGCAUGCCAGAGGCCCACGGCGUGACAGCAGUUACGGUUCCGGACGCAGUGGAUAUGGUUAUAGAAGAAGCGGAAGAGAUAAGUACGGUCCUCCCACCCGUACAGAAUACAGAUUGAUUGUGGAAAAUUUGUCAAGCCGCUGCAGUUGGCAAGAUCUUAAGGAUUAUAUGCGUCAGGCAGGGGAAGUGACAUAUGCAGAUGCACACAAAGGAAGGAAAAAUGAAGGUGUGAUUGAGUUCAAAUCCUAUUCUGACAUGAAAAGAGCCCUUGAAAAGCUGGACGGGACAGAAGUAAAUGGCAGGAAGAUUAGAUUAGUGGAAGACAGACCUGGAUCGAGACGGCGCCGCUCUUACUCCAGAAGCCGAAGCCAUUCAAGGUCUCGCUCUCGAAGCAGACAUUCUCAUAAGAGCAGGAGCCGCAGUGCCAGUAGCAGUCGCUCCAAGAGUAGAUCAAGAUCCAGGUCUGUGUCCCGUUCCAGAAGCAAGAGCCGUAGUCGAAGCAAGAGCCGUAGCAGAGGCCAAAAAGAGAAAAGCAGGACUUCAAGUAAAGAGGAUAAAAGUAGGAGCCGCAGCAGGAGUGCAGAGAAAUCCCGAAACAAAAGUAAAGAUAAAUCUGAGGGCGCUCUCCAUAACAGUGAUGAGAAGGCAAAGAGCAGGAGCCGCAGCAAGGAAAAGAGUAGGAGCAGGAGUAGGAGUAAGGACAGGGGAGAGACGAGGGAGAGCAUGAGAAGUAGGAGCAAGGAGAAAAGUAGGAGCAAAGACAGGGAGAAGAGCAUUAGCAAGGCUAGAAGCAGGAGCAAGAGCAGGGAUGAGAGUAGGAGCAGAAGCCACAGUAAGGAUAAAAGGAAAAGUAGAAAGAGGAGCAGGGAUGACAGCAGAAGUAGAAGCAGGAGCCGCAGCAAGAGUGAGAAAAGCAAGAGGCGCAGCAAGCGAGACAGCAAACCGAGUAGCAAGAAGAAAAGGAAGGACAGCCACGAGCGGUCCAGGUCAGCCUCCAAGGAAAAGGAGCAUCAGAAAUCAGAUUCUGACAAAAAGGAGGCAAAAGGUGAGGGUGAGGAUGCAGCUGCACGUCGGGUGUCUCGCUCCAGGUCUAGGUCGAUUUCCAAGUCAAAACCAAAUGUCAAAUCAGAUUCUCGUUCCAGGUCUAAGUCUGUCUCAAAGCCUAGGUCCCGGUCCAAGUCUAGAUCUAGGUCUGCCUCUAGGUCACACUCCCGAUCACGGUCAAGGUCUCGCUCCAGGUCCUAACCUUGCUGCAGCCACAGGUGAAGCGGUUGGCAGAGUCUUUUGUAUAUGUUUCGUAGUGGUAGCACAAGUGAUUGAAGUAGCAACCCUGUUGAUGCUGUAUAUUUCUACCACCCUUGAUGGUAUGUCUGGCGUGCUCCGCAGUGCUCCCUCCCUGCAAUGCUCUCAGCUCUUCAGCCCCUUUUCUGGCCUGGAGAAAGGUUCUUUUCCAAUCUGACUCUUCCUGGGAGCACCAAAAUUGCCCUCUUUUUCUGGGAAGAGCCUUGCAGGGAAUGAGCACUGUGCCGUGGUGGGUGCAGUGAUGACUGCUAGGUAGGUAUGAUGGCUUCUGCAGUCUUUGCCCUUGAAGUGAUACCCUUUGAUGUCUGCCAUUUAGUGGAAGUGCUGAGUCUUUAGUUUCAUACUACUUUUGUUUCCUAAUUAAUUUAAUAUAUUUUUUUUUUGAGGGGACUUACAAAAUUGUGAAUAGCACAGUCAAAAGGAAAACAAACAAAAAAAACCCAAACAAAAAUAUAGGUACCUGGAGUAAUCCAUAGGGAAAAGAAGUCUAGUUCCAUAUUCUGGUAUUGUGACAAUCUCCUUGUUUUAUAUUAAAUUUUUUUAUUUUCUUUUUUUCCCCCCUGUCUUGCAAAGUACAGUGACUUCUGUUUCCAUGAAAUUUGAAUAAAGACUAUUUUUGCUU